AGGUUUUUACAGCGGGCAUAUUCUUUACUUUUAAAGUGACUAACAUUGUGAGGUGUUAUGAUUGUGCUUAGUUAUAGUUAAUAUUAAACAGGUUACUCUUUUAUAACAGCAUUUCUAUCCAUUAAAUUGUAACCCAAGUAGGUUCUCGAUCGUUUGAAACAUGUUACCAAGGCCCGCAUAAAUUAUAGAUUGCUCUGUCAUUUGAACAGAGUCUUUUGUAUGACCUUAGCUCACAUAGUAAAAAGCAUAUCUGGGACACAGCUGCAUAUUUUGUUCUCUCGAGGACAGCGGGUAUCUUAUUUUGUCCAGAGAGUACUUGAAGGUUUCAGAAGGGCACGCGAGGACACAGAGCCGGUAUUGUGUUACGGAGCGUCGUCGUCAAAGCCCCUGCGCGCGGUCGAAGCUCCCUGAAGUGUGUUAGUGCGCACAUAAAAACGCCUGCAGAUUAUUCCCUGGCCUUCGUCGAACUGAGCCGGUUUUGCAUUCGCAGAAACAUGUACGUAAAACUCUGCAAUUUCGGCAAGUACACAGAAGGCAAGUCUGAACCGAAACCGCUGCAGCCGGAUUCAGAUACAUCGCUAGAUAUUCGCCGGAAACUCCGUGUUUACCGGAUCGUUACGCUGGUUCUUUUUGUCAUCUGCCUCCUGUUGCUGAUCGUGGUCCUUGUACUGUUUCUGAAGUUGACUGGGACGCCGCCAUGUCAGGAGGUAGAGCAGACUACCAGGUCUCUAUCGGAACAGAAAUGCAGCUUGGAGAGAUGCCAAGAGCUUUACCAACUGCCUCAGCGUCUGUGCAGUGAUUGUGGCAAGGGCUGGCUGAGGUUCGAGAAUACUUGUUACUUCCUGUCUCAAAACCGCCUCACCUGGCAGCAGAGCAGGGAGGAAUGCCAGAGGAAGGGAGGAGAUCUUGCUGUCAUUACUAAUGAACGUGUGCAGAUGUAUCUGAGUAUGAAAGGGAAUUUGCACUAUUGGAUUGGUCUAAGUCAUUUGGGGACAAAUGAAUGGACAUGGAUUAACAACGCUGUAUUGACAGUGAGAUAUUGGGGAGAUGUUUCCUUUCCUGGACAGUGUGCCAUCCUGGCUGGAAAUGAACCACCUGAACGGAGCUGGCGCCCAUAUUCCUGCAGUUUAUACUUACAGUACAUCUGUCAAAAGAUGUAGAUGUCCGAACAUCAUCUACACCCAUUGAGAUCACUUACAAUAUAUAUCUGGAUAUCAUAACAAAUCCUCAAGAUAAAUAAGAUAGAAAUAGGGACAUUUGGUCCAUCAACACAGUGCAAAGUUUUUUUGUAAAUUUUUUUGCAUUAUGUAGCAUUAUAGGUGGAGAAAAAAAGCAGUUUUAGAAAAUAUCCCGUUUAUUUGUAUUACAAUUGCACUAAUUUCUAACCUUACUGAUCAUGUAUACAAAGCUUGUUUAUUUGCACUGAAUAUGUCUAACGGUCACACGAUAAUGUUCUGAAUUGCUCAUACUUUCUCUCAAAUGUCUUUCUGUAUUGCUUAAUUAAACUUCCACCUUUAUAUUUAACAAUA